UCGACACGACAAAACACGACCUUCCAUAUUUGGCUCGAAAUCUUAAAUGAAAUCUAUAAAGGCGUCGAUGUGUUCGUGUUUGCUGAUUAGAUUCUUUCGCCGCCUCAUCGUUGUGUUCUUUGCCGUUUGGCUCUUCUUCUUUCUUUUCUUCCAAUCAGCAAACGCAGGAGAAACCUGUAGAAUUUCUCGUGAUUUGGUUCUCCGCCCCAUCUGUUGCCGCGUACACCCUCGAAGAUCGAUCUUUGUUGGUGAUCUUAUCGUGUUCUGUUGUUUUUCCUGCCCUUCUCUUUGUGUUUUCUUCCUCUGGUUUCGUAAAGAAAAGAGACCGGUUUCCGGGAGCCGUGAGUGGCGGCCAAGAGGGAAAGCGAGAGGAAGAGGAUGCUGUAUUUGAAGCAGCCAUGGAGGAACCUGGAGCUGCGGCGGCGGACGUCCUGACCUCAGGGGCUUCGGAUGUCCAAGUGAUGUCGUCCGAUCCCGGGGCGCGGGCUCCGGACGGAAUGGCAGCAGAGGGAGGAGCGGUGGCUCGGAACGACGACGAGCCCAACGACGCCAGCUUCUACCUGCACGUCUUCGAGCUAUACGAGACUCAAUCUAACUUUUAUAUGAUCAGAAAGAACAGAACAUCAUGGAGACUGUUAAAGAUUGGCAGGUUGAGAGCUUCAGAACUUAAUAUCUGUCAGGAGUCCACCACAUACACUGAAAGUGAAUGUAAAGAGUUGCUAAAUCGAAUACAUGAAGAAAACAAGUCGACUGGCGGACUAAAGUUUGUCACUGACUGCUAUGGCAUUGUUGGAUUUGUAAAGUUUCUGGGGCCUUACUACAUGCUCCUUAUAACUGAAAGGGAGGAAAUUGGAGCUAUACUUGGUCACACGAUCUAUGCUAUCACCAAGAGCAAAAUCAUCGCACUACCAAAUUCAAGUGUCCAAUCUAAUAUGGCCAAUUCUAGAGAAGAGCGCAGAUACAAGAAGCUCUUUUGUACAGUGGACAUCACGCAAGGUUUCUUUUUUAGCUACUCAUAUAGCAUCAUGCAAAGCUUACAGAAGAAUAUGUGCGAGGGAAAAACAGGGCAGUUGUUGUAUGAAUCCAUGUUUAUAUGGAAUGAAUUCUUGACCCGUGAAAUUCAUAGCCAUCUGAAAAGUACUUUAUGGACAGUAUAUUUAGUAUAUGGUUUCUUUAAGCAGGUGAAACUUUCAACUCAUGGAAAAAAUUUUUGGUUGACUCUAAUUGCUAGGCGCUCACAACACUGUGCUGGGACCAGGUAUCUCAAGCGUGGUGUUGAUGAAGAUGGUAAUGUGGCAAAUGAUGUUGAGACUGAACAAAUUAUCUUUGAAGACAUUCCUGGAGAAAUUCCAACAUGUUUUAGUUCUAUAGUCCAGAAUAGGGGUUCUAUACCUCUUUUUUGGUCUCAAGAAACCUCAAAACUUAAUCUGAAGCCUGAUAUUAUCUUGAAUAAAGAUAAAGGUUAUGAAGCUACUAAGCUUCAUUUUGAUAAUCUUGCAGAAAGAUAUGGAAAGCCUAUUGUUAUUUUGAACUUGAUUAAGUCAGAAGAAAAAAAACCUCGGGAAUCUAUUCUACGUUCAGAGUUUGCCAGUGCAGUUAAGUAUGUGGAUAAGAACCUAUCAGAAGAUAGUCAUUUAAAGUUCUUACAUUGGGACCUUCAUAAGCAUUAUCGAAGCAAAGCUAAAAAUGUGCUUACAAUGCUGGUAGAAGUGGCGGCAUGUACCUUAAAGCUAACUGACUUCUUUUACUGUGAAAUGGCACCUGCAUUAAGAUAUGAAAGUGACUUAAGAUGGCCCACUUCUGUGAUGGAUGAUGCUGGUGACCAAUCAUCGAAUAAUAUUUGCAGCAGUAGCAGCUGCAGCACCACUGACAAAGAUGAUGUUGAUAUGCUAGAAAAUGGAUCUCAAGAAAACAUGGAUUCUGAUAUAUCUGGAUCAGAAACAAAAACAAUUGCAGUUAGCAAUGGUGGACUUUGUUCAGUUAAAUCACUUAGGUGUCAGAAAGGUGUUCUACGAACAAAUUGCAUAGAUUGUUUAGAUCGCACAAAUAUUGCCCAGUAUGCCUAUGGUUUAGUUGCACUAGGGCAUCAACUUCAUGCAUUGAAAUUAUCUCCUUGCCCAAGCAUUCCUCUAGAUGCCACCUUGGCUGAUCAUUUCAUGACAUAUUAUGAGAAAAUGGGUGACACACUUUCUCUGCAGUAUGGUGGUUCUACUGCUCAUAAUAAGAUUUUUUCUGAAAGAAGAGGUCAAUGCAAAGCAACAAUCCGAUAUCAAGAGUUACUCAGAACAUUUCAAAGAUAUUAUAGUAAUGCCUUUACAGAUGUUGACAAACAGGCUGCAAUAGAUCUAUUUCUGGGACGAUUUCAACCUCAACUGGACAAACCAGCAAUCUGGGAGCAUUGUGGUGUUGGGAUGAGUGGUCAUGGUUUUACCAAUGAAAUUUCAAGGUCAUUUAUCAAAAGAUCCUUAUCUGAUGGAAAUAUACUCCAUGAAAGUUAUACUCUUCUAUCCAGCUGUAGUUUAGUCAGAAUGCUCCCUCAUCCUCAAAAUCAUCACAGAUACACUGCCGUGGUGCCUCAUGGGCAGCAUUUUGCAGAAAGUGCAGAUAGUUCUUUGUAUAAAGACUGGUACUCGAAUUUUCUGGAUUUUGAAUCAAUUUUAUCUUCUCGAAGUUUUCUUGAGGGAGAAAUGAAUGACAGAUCCACAUUGAAUUCUCCAAUUGAAAGCCUUUCUACUCAAAAUAUUGCUGAUGGCAGAAGUAAUGAGGCAUCCUCAGAUCUUGUAGAAAACGGGUCACUUACAGAGGGAGACCAGGUAAUUGAAGAACAGCCUCAUGACACUGUCCGAACAGCUAACAAACGGAACAAAUUUCCUGACAGCUUCGCACAUUGGGUUCACCAUGGAGAGGCUUUAUACCGUUGAUUUCGACUAUUUUUAUCAUAUUCUUUUACGCUCCCAUCUGAUACUCGUCUUCAUUGACAAGGACUUAAAGAUGCCAGCUUAAGCGAGAACAGGAGAAUGUAAAAGUUGAUUUGAUUGAUGCAGUGCUGCUGUCCUGCUAGUUUGAAGGAAGUAUAUGAUUUUUAUAGAGGUUGGCCAGUUUAUAAUAGAUGAAAUCUCAUCAAUGUAAAUAUUAGGAUAGCUACUUGUGUCCUCAUGAGCUUGGACAAUUGUAGCCGCGAUUCUUUUUCUACUUCCAGUUUGGUCCUUUGUUUAUGUCUGUAAAUACUUGUAUAAACCGGAAAUAAAAAGGAACAGUCAUGUUGUUUUUCUUUUGACUA